GUCACAUUAGAAUUUAGUGCUCUGUUCAUCCCGUGUACAUGGGUGAGGCGGGCUGGCCAAUGGGGGAAGUCCCGCGUCUUCUUGGAACCAAGGCGCAUCGAACGUAUAGUAUGUCCAUGGCCUGGCUUGGGUCGAGCGUUGCGGCGUGGACUACGACCCUGCAAGCCGCGCAAUGGAAUGUGAGCCCCGGCCGCUUUUCUGCUUCCAUCGCCUAAUCCAGCCUCGGCUGGUUGCCGUUCACAGAGGCAUCUCAUUGCACCCGGACUAUACCAGGCUGGCUACUACUCGAUAACACUAGUCUGCUAUGCGGUGCGGGUUACACGGUAGAUCAUGGAGUACCUAAAUGUCUCCUUUUCCGCUCGGUUUCUAAACACUCCGACUGCUCGAAAUAUUACACUGUCUUCUUCGCCUGUGCUACCUCUGCUGGCCCUUCCAAGACAAACCAAGCACCGUAACCAAACAACCCGGAAUUUCCCACCAUGAUUACCGAAAUCGAGAGAAUCGAGGCUCUCGAGGCCGCCAAGAAGCUCGUCGCGAGCCUCUCUGACGAAUCCGAGUCGUCUCGCUCCGAAGCGAACAGGGUUCAAUCUCUGAAGACGGCCAACGACGUGAUCCGUUCCCUCGAGAGGCCCGAGGACGGCCUGCUAAAGUUCGCAUACAGCCCGACGGUAUGGAUGGCCAUCCGCUCGUGCGUCCACCUGGAUGCAUUCAAGAUCAUCUCGGAGAAGGAAACUGUAUCCGCCGGAGAGAUUGCCAGCCUGACGGGCGCUGACGAAACCCUGAUCCGACGACUUCUGCGUGUGCUCACGUCGUAUGGCUAUGUCGCCGAAAAGGGCGACGGUGUCUACGCGGCCAAUAAGUGGACGAGGCACAUGGAUAAUCGCCUUACGCAAGGCAUGAUCAAGUUCAUCUACGACCUGGCGUUGCCGCCAACCGCAGUGGCGCCGGAGCUGUUCAAGGAGACUGGGUUCAAGAAUCCCGUGGACCCGGAGGCUGGGACGUUCCAGAAGGCGUUUAAUACGAAGAUGCCUAUCUUCCCGUGGAUGGCGCUGCCGGAGAAUAAGGACCACUGGGACGCCGCCAACACCUUCUUCGAGGGCGACCGCGGCAGCCGCCCGUCCUGGGUCACCUGGUUCCCCAUCAAGGAGAAGCUGCUCAGCGGCAGCAUCGACGACCAGGCCCCGCUUCUCGUCGACAUCGCCGGCGGCCGCGGCCACGAUCUCAUGGAGUUCCUCGACCAGUUCCCUGACGAGACGGGCAGAUUCGUCCUGCAGGACCAGCCGCAGGUGCUCGACAGCGCCACCACGCUGCCAGCCAAGGUCGAGAAGCGCCCGAUCAACUUCUUCAAGGAGUCUCCCGUCGAAGGUGCCAAGGUCUACUUUAUGAAGUUCAUCAUCCACGACUACGCCGAUCCCGACUGCUUCACGAUCCUCAGGAACGUGACCGCGUCGAUGAAGAAGGGGUACUCUAAGCUCGUGAUCAACGACUUUAUCCUCCCCGACACCGGCUGCCCCAUCCUCUCCGCCGAAUGGGACCUCAUGAUGAUGGUCCUCCUGUCGGCAAUGGAGAGGACCGAGACGCAGUGGAAGAGCCUGCUCUCCGCGGCCGGACUCACUAUCGAGGGCAUGUACCAGGCUCCGGGCGACGGCCAGGGCAUCAUCGUGGCUAGCCUGUGACCGGGACCCGCGCCCAACCGUGGAAGCGCAAACGAGCGGUGCAACUGACGCCGGAACGUGCAAAAUUCUCUAUAGCCUACAUACUUGGGGUAGAUAUCUGUCGCGUUCCUAGAGAAAGACGAUGAUAGAGACUAGAGCUACUUAGACCAUACAACAAUAUACUAUAGAAAGUUUCAAACA